AUGGUUCUCUUUGAUUUCAAAUCCGACAAGCACUUCGUUGCUUCCUCGGACAAGGCGACCCUCAAAGUCUACCAGUUGACCAACCCUACUGCUGUUAAUCCUUCCUCCAUCGGAAAGAAUCACUGGAAGGAAGUCGCCACCAUCACAGCCCGUGAUCAAGAUCAAAGCAAUGAUGAGGAACAAGACGAUGGCGACGAUCCAUCAGCAGAGGAGGAGGAGGAGGAAUCUUACGACGGGCUGAUGUUCUUCAAUGGUCACGGGAGGAUCGAGGGACAGGAGGCGUUGACCAAGCUAGCUCAACACCUCACCCGGCUGCAAUUGAGGAUCAACCCUCAAGGGUUUUGUUUCCAGGAUGUCACCCGAUUAGGCGAGCAUAAAGAGUUUGGGUUUCACUACCUCCGACUGAAUGAUCUUUUCAACUGGCCGUAUCACGGUAUCAGAAUGCCAGGAAUCGCCACGUGGCGGCGCCUGGUGUUGGAGUACUCCGUGCCGAAAGGGGAGAAGCGGCCGAAGGCUGGAGGAGCGGUGAGCAAGAAGAAGUACGAGGAGUUGAAAAAAAUGAUUGAAGAAAGGGAUGAAAAGAUGUUGAAGCUGAGGGAGGAGAUGGAAGAACAAGAUUGGGAGUUGGAAAAGCUAAAAGAAGAGAGGGAGAAACACGAGCAAGAGCUACGAGACCUGGAAAAGAAAAACGGCAAGGAGCUGUUGAAGUUGUCGAAGAAAAAAGAAGGCGAGCUAGAAACACUCAAGAGGGAGAAGGACGAGGAGCUGGAGGAUAAAACCGAGGAGUUAGAGACGUUGAGGAAAGAAAAGGACGACGAAGCAAAGUCGAGCAAAGGGAAGAACGAGGAGCUGAAAAAAUUGAGGGAGGAAGUGAGGAAUCUGAAAAGAGCCCAGAACGACGAAGGUGGUGGUGCAGCAGCAGCAACAUCAGAAGGGAAGAUAAUGGUGGACAGCGAUGAAUGGCACAAGUUGAAGAACGACGAGGCGGAGAUGAGGGAAGAGGUAGCGAACAAGGAUGAAGCGUUGCGAAAGGUUAUGAACGAGAAGGAUGCGGAAUCCCAACGGCUUAGGAUCGAGAAGGAAGAAAUGAUGAAAGCGAGUGCAGCGGAAACAGAGAAGCUAAGAAACCAACUGUUACGACUCCCUCGGAAGCAAUCGUGGUUACAGACUGCCGCAACUAAGUUGGUGCCCCUUACUACGCACAAUGACCAAAUAAUAAGCACAAGAAGGGCGGUGCCACAGGAUACUUGGAGUUUGUCCCGCGAAAUCAUAUCGGGUAGUUUCCAGUACAACUCACUUGUGAACAAUUUCUACUGGCCAUUCUCGUCAGCAAAUGGGCUGUCUUUGGUGGAUGAAGAUCCCAGAGAUUGGUUGCCUCCCCCCAAGAUUCGGGUGUACAAUGGCAGAGCCGCAUUCGACAAAGACAACUGGUGGUUUGUAAAGACAACCCACCCGGAUGGCGGCUUGACGAUGAUGGCUUAUUACGACGGCGGUUUCCAUAUUUCUAAUCUUCCCGGGAUGUCCUGCUCUAUCCGGCUCCCCUAUUCAUGGGACAAUAGUCCAUUUUGGGGAGAUACAGCUUGCACCCUGGCUAUGGUGAGCGGCGAAUACAAGCUUGCUUUCAUCUACCGCGAGUAG